UUGGAUCAACCUGAAUGUUAGUUGUCAUUGAUUAUUAUGACUUUUUUGUGAUGUUUAUUUUCACACGGUAUCUAUAUCUUCAAUAAUAUUUAUAAAAUUUCCUCUAAUCAUAAUGAAAUGCAACGAAAAUGAUAAAAGCAGACCUCGCAAUCACAUGAAUGUGGACAAUUUGGAUAAAGCUCUACACGAUUUAGGAAUGCUCAGUGCUAUAACAGAGGCGCGCCGUGAGUAUCUGAAAGAAUCCAAAUCUAAUUUCAGUGUGAUGCGUUUAAACACGCGAUAUGUAUCGAACGUCACUGUUGGCUAUUGCAUGAAAAGAAGUGCUAACAAAAGUAGAAUGUGUCCCUAUGUCUUACCAGUCCGACAUAGGACGAAGAGUGAGAACUCUGACGCUGUCGGUAGUGAUAUACAUGAUGGCUGUGACUUCAAAUACAGUAUAUUAGAGCCAUCAACUAGUAGUGCUAGAGAAAACUUUGAUAAAAGUACAAAAAGAUGUCAAUCACUUGAGAAUCUCAAUCUGAUAAUAGACCCACCCCCAAAGCCUGAAAUAUCACCAGAUAUGGAUUGUAUGUCUACAAGGAUCCAGAAGUUACAAGUUGAUGAAUGACAUUGAUAUUUGUGGUAUGGUUGGAUGUAUGGUAGCUUUAGAUUAGAUGUGUAACUUAUGUGUCCAUUUACCAUUUGAUAUGAGUGCGUUUAUGAGACUUUUGUUCCUAAGGCUUGUUGUAUUUUUUGUUAAAAAUUAUGAUUGUCAGACUACUUAUGUUUUUGUAGGUCACUAUUUAGAUAAAAAUAAAAGAUUCUGAGUGUGAUUAUAACCUAAUUUUAACUUAGAAAUAACUUAAAUCAAUGAUUAGCUAACCCUUUGAUAUAUUAUUUAUACUAAAAGUCAGUGGCUCUUCAUGGAGAUGCUGUCACAAUGAUGGACAAUUGUUCUCAAAUGGCUGGUCAUCCAAUAUAUACAUUUUUAUAUAACAUUCAAAUCUUAGAAAAAUAUUUCUGUAUGAAAAUUUCGCUUCAUUAGGCUUCCCAGUUUAUUUUAAGUGUAGUUUACUUUAAGUAAAAUACAAAUGUUUAUUAAUCUGUAUAAAAAUAUUUUAGAUAUAUUUUUCAUCAUAAAACAAUUUAUUUAUGCAUGAACAUAUUAACACAAUUUUUGUAUUUUAAAACAAAAAUGAUAUUAAAAUCCUACAUUAAAAGGUAAUGCCAAGCCGAAUAAGUUUUACAAGGGAGGUAAAACAAAUGGCAUUAUGAUAUUUGAUUUCAGAAAAUAUUUUAUUAUUUCAUACAUAAUCAUUGUUUUAGAUAAAUAAGAUUUAAUGUUAGAUUAAUGGUACAGCUACAUGCCUUAUACAUUAACACAUAUAAAACGGUCAUCUUUUAAUGUAAUUUAAUAAAACUUGAUGAACUUUUUUAUUCAAGUUAUUCAACUUAAAAUCUUUGACUAUCUGUGUGAAGUUUCAAAUAUGCAAUUUCUGAGCACCAAUGAUUUUUGUAUAUAGAUAAAAGCAUUUGAAACAUUAAAUUUAUUAUGUUAUAAUGCAUGUAGCAAUUAGCCAUAAGAGAUCUCACAUCACAAAAUAUAAAGUAUUGUGUUAUUUAUUUAGUGAGAAAUGUCACUUAGAUGUGCGACUAAUGGUUGUUAACAUUUUGUUUAGUUUCUUUGAAAAUAUUUGAAAUAAAUAUUGCCUUUAGGUGUA